AUGGGAGGUCCUGCUUCUGCCGGUGGACGAACCCUCAGGUCGACAGACAACUUUCUACAUGCGCCCAUCAUCUUGCGUUGCGUUAUUGUGGACGAGGAAGGAGUUGAAAAGGAAGAAGAAGUUGUUUGGCGCACGUGCGAGCACUUCUUCCAAGCUUCCAAGUUCGAUCCGAACAGCGGGGGGAGAGCGACUUGGGAUCAAUGUCGAGCAAUUCAAGAGAUAUCUUCCCCCAUUGGUGCUUGGGAACUAGGUCAAUCCAGAAAACAUCCACUGAGAAAGGACUGGGAAGAAAUGAAGGGCAAAGCGAUGUAUCUGUGCGUGCGAGCCAAGUUUGACCAAUACCCCGAGUAUGCAGCAGAGCUGAUAGCAACCGCCGACCCGACCUUGCCAAACCCUCCACGUCCAACUGGGAAAGGCUGA